AUGUUCUACACAUUGGUAAAUGGUAGCCAGAAGUUUUUCAGGAAGAAUGAACUGUUGCCCUACCGUUACAUCGUUGUAUUUCGCAUUUUGGACUUCUAUUUUGGAUUCUUUGGUAUUCAACACCCAAUAUUUGAUUUCCUGGCACGGGCCGGUGUUUUUGGCUGUGGUGAAGCUUUACCGGCAGUUGAGUAUGCUUACUUUUGGAAGAAUUUGGUGAUAAUUUUUGAAUCCUUCUUUGUCUCGCUGAUAUCGUCAGUGUUGUUGAAACCAUCCCGUAGUGCAUUUUUUGACAAAUAUCCAUCAUGUCGAAGCGUAGCCUCCUCGGCAGCAACACACGAAAGCUGUACUUGA